AUGAGUUUCUUUAAAAAAGAUAAACGAACCCCUCAUGAAAUAGCAAAAGAACAGUCACGAGCUAUAAGUACACAAAUUCGACAAGAAAAACGACAAUUAGAUCGACAGAUUAAUCAAUCUGAUCGAGAAAUUCAACGUCUUUCAACUGAUAUUCGAAAACAUGCAUUGAAUAAUAAUAAAGAUGCACUUCGAACAUUAGCAAAAGCAAUUGUUAAAAUAAAACAUGAUAAAAGUCAUUUAUAUUCCGCUAAAGCUAAUCUUGAUACAAUCGAUAAUGCUGUUAAAAAUCAAUUAACAAAUGUAAAACUAACUGGUAUUAUGCAAACAAGUAGUGAAAUAGCACAUUCAUUAGCAGAAUUAAUGAAAGUUGAACAAUUUCAAUCAAUAUCUGAACAAUUUUCAAAAGAAUUAAUUAAAAUGGGUAUUAUGGGUGAAAUGAUGAAUGAAACAAUGGACGCUGCUAUGGAUAAUAAUGAUCUUGAAGAAGAAACUGAUGAAGAAGUCAAUAAAGUAUUGGAUGAAGUUCUUAGAGGUAAACAAAA